ACUAUAAAAUUGUGUGCGUGUCAUGCUGACGGGACUUCACUCACAGGGAUCUCAUCAUAGGUGCACUGUGAAACUUUAAACUUCUUCUACUCUUUUAAAAAAAAGACAAUCAGAGCAGCAAAAUGCGUGAGUGUAUCUCUAUCCAUGUCGGCCAGGCUGGUGUCCAGAUGGGCAACACCUGCUGGGAACUGUACUGCCUGGAGCACGGCAUCCAGCCGGACGGCCACAUGCCCAGCGAGAAGCCUUCCGGUGGCUACGACGACUCCUUCACCACCUUCUUCAGUGAGACCGGCAACGGGAAGUAUGUCCCCAGAGCCAUCUUUGUCGACCUGGAGCCCACAGUCAUCGACGAGGUUCGUACUGGCACAUACCGCCAGCUCUUCCAUCCUGAGCAGCUGAUCUCAGGAAAGGAGGAUGCUGCCAACAACUACGCCCGUGGUCACUACACCGUGGGGAAGGAGCACAUUGACUCUGUGCUUGACAGGAUCCGUAAACUGUCUGAUCAGUGUACCGGACUCCAAGGUUUCCUUGUCUUCCACUCCUUUGGUGGAGGAACCGGCUCUGGCUUCACCUCCCUGCUGAUGGAGCGCCUCUCGGUUGACUUUGGCAAGAAGUCCAAGCUCGAGUUCGCCAUCUACCCUGCUCCUCAGGUGUCCACUGCUGUAGUCGAGCCGUACAACUCCAUCUUGACCACCCACACUACCCUGGAGCACUCCGACUGUGCCUUCAUGGUAGACAACGAGGCCAUCUAUGAUAUCUGCCGCAGGAACCUGGACAUUGAGCGUCCAUCAUACACCAACCUGAACCGCCUCAUCAGCCAGAUUGUCUCCUCCAUCACUGCUUCUUUGCGCUUCGACGGCGCCUUGAAUGUGGACUUGACCGAGUUCCAGACCAACUUGGUGCCCUACCCAAGAAUCCACUUCCCUCUGGCGACCUAUGCUCCGGUUAUCUCAGCUGAAAAAGCGUACCACGAGCAGCUCACUGUCGCAGAAAUCACCAACUCCUGCUUCGAACCUGCCAACCAGAUGGUGAAGUGUGACCCACGUCACGGGAAGUAUAUGGCGUGCUGUCUGCUGUACCGUGGUGAUGUUGUACCCAAAGACGUCAACACAGCCAUCAGCAACAUCAAAACCAAGCGCAGCAUCCAGUUCGUGGAUUGGUGCCCCACUGGGUUCAAGGUGGGAAUCAACUAUCAGCCUCCAACUGUGGUUCCUGGAGGAGAUCUCGCCAAGGUGCAGAGAGCCGUGUGCAUGCUGAGCAACACCACCGCCAUCGCCGAGGCCUGGGCACGACUCGACCACAAGUUCGACCUCAUGUACGCCAAGAGGGCCUUCGUGCACUGGUACGUGGGAGAGGGGAUGGAGGAGGGCGAGUUCUCUGAGGCCAGGGAGGACAUGGCAGCCCUGGAGAAGGACUACGAGGAGGUCGGAGUCGACUCGUUCGAGGAGGAUGAAGAGGGCGAGGAGUAUUAAAGACCGGUUGAAGCUUUCUUUGAUGUAACAGGUUGAAGUGAAGUGUUGAUGAUUUGUAGACCGCUUAAAAACACGAAUGCUACUGCGAGGAGCAGUUUUUACAAGAUUAGUCCCAUGGUGUUUGGUUUAAAGAAUAAAGACUCUCUGAACAGAGAGAGGAUGUGCCUUUAAUGCCUUUUCUAAUUAAAGCUGUUUACACCUA